AUGGUGUUCACUCGCGGCGAUGUAUCCGGUGAGGUUGAGGAAACAAUAGAUCACCAUGACCCAGGCACAAACAUUGAAGUAGUCACCUGGGAUGGCCCCGAAGAUCCAGGCAACCCAUACAACUGGUCUCUGCGCCAAAAAUGGACCUUAACGCUACUCGCCAGUUUCGCAACCUUCAUCACAAUGAUGAACGGCACAAUAAUAACAGUAGCGCACACAACCAUCAACUCAGAAUUCGGAAUCUCAGACGCCUCCUUCCCAAAUUCUUACUGGCCCGUUUCAUCCUGGGCCGUCGGAGGCGGAUGCUUCUCCCUUCUCAUCUUACCACUAAUGGAAGAUUUCGGCGUAAGAUGGGUAUUCCUCUCAUCAUGGCUCAUCUUCAUCUGCUUCGUUAUUCCUCAGGCUCUAGCACAGAACUUCGCAACAUUAAUAGUGACAAGAUUCUUUGCAGGUGGCUGUGUGGCUAUUUUAGCUAAUACCGCUGCAACUGUUAUUGGGAAUUUAUGGGAUACUGAACGAUCCCGUAAUAUUCCUGUGAGUCUUUAUAUUGUUACUUAUCUUGUUGGAGCUAGUAUUGGGCCUGUUGUUGGUGCGCCGAUAUAUGAGUUUCUGUCUUGGAGAUGGAUUGGGUAUUUGCAGAUUAUUUGGUAUGGGGCUUUGUUUCCGCUUUAUUUUGUGUUGUUUAAGGAGUGUCGCGGGAUUGCUAUUCUGGGGUCGAGGGCGAAGGCUCUUCGGAGGGAGGGGAGGAUGGCUUAUACGCAGCAUGAGAUUGAUAGUGAGGGGAAGUCGAUUUGGAGGAUUGUGGGGAGGAGUGCGACGAGGCCUCUUGUGAUGUAUUUCACUGAGUCGGUGGUGUUUUUCUCCGGGAUGUGGUCUGCUUUUACGGUUGGGACGCUUUACCUGUUUACACAGUCAGUUGAGCAGGUUUUUGCAGGGUUGUAUGGAUGGUCUCCGUCUCAGGCUGGGUAUGUGCAAGGUGCUAUUGUCAUUGGGGAGUGUAUUGGGUGGGUUGGAACAUUAUUUUCUGGAAGGUUAUACUUCAAUUCUGCGGCUAGGAAUACGGAGGAUCCAGGGAAGCCGAUUCCAGAGGCAAGACUUUACCUUGCUAUUAUCUCGGGUGUUGUCGGUCUCUCUGGUGGAAUGUUCGUCUAUGCUUGGACUUCUUAUGCCGCUUUGCCGUGGAUUGCACCAGCUAUCGGGUUAGCUAUGGUGGGUGCUGGAAGUGUUAUUGUUGUCACUGGUAUAUCGGACUAUGUCGUCGAUGCAUAUGCCAAGUAUGCUGGGAGUGCGGUUGGAAUCAUUGUUACUGGGGAGAAUACGUUUUCGGCAUUUUUGCCACUGGCUGCUAUGAGCAUGUAUUCGAAUCUAGGGUUUCAGUGGGCCAGCACUCUACUCGCUUUUAUCUCGUUGGCUCUUUCUUUGGCUCCGAUCUUGUUCCUUGUUUAUGGGAGGGAAAUCCGAGCUCGAAGUCCAUUUAUGAAGGAGGCGAUGAUUGAAAAGAGGAGGAAGAGCGUGGAAUCAGUUUAA